AUGAAGACCAUCUCACUGGCAGAGGCCGAGAAUGGAAACGGAAAGAGGACUAUCCUUGUUGCUGGAGCAACAGGAAGAGUGGGACGGUAUGUCUGCGAGCAGGUCUUGCUGAGAUAUCCAGGAUCGCAAGUGAGAGCUACGUUUCGAAACGAAACCAAAGCCUCUCAGGUCUUGUCGAAGCUCACCAAGGACUACCCUUCGAGGAUCGAACUUGUCCAGUGUGACCUCAACAAGCGGAGUGACGUUCGAACCAUCACGCAAGGAGUCAGUCAGGCCGUCUGGUGCGCCUCAGGCUUCGCUCCGCCUCGAGGAGGGAUUUUCUCCCGGCUGCUGUACCUCGUCAAGAUCAAAAUGCAGCAGAAACUGAGGAGAGCUCUCGACAUCCGCGGGCCUGCCAUGAUGGCAGAGAUGCUCAAAGACCAGCCUCCCCCUCUGAUUGCGAAAGGAGAAGGCACCGUCACAGUUGAGAGGAAGGAGCAAGGGGACGGAGUGGAGGAGACUCUCCCUCGGCUGGUUCUGCUGUCCAGCGCUGCUGUCACUCGUCCUGGAUGGUCAGAUGAGCAGAAGGAGAAGUACCCCGAAGCAGCAGGCAUCGCAAUCGUCAGGCUCAACCCUCUCAACAUCCUUGGCAGCAAGCUGAAGGGGGAGGAGAAGCUGAAGGCGACAGGGGUUCCCUACACCAUUCUUCGAUCGUGCGGCAUCAAUUCAACACAUCCUGAUGGAACCUUUCAGCUCCAGACAGGAGACACGGCGGUUGGAAGAAUCAACCCCAAGGACCUGGCGAUCUCUCUUGCGACAACGUUGGGGAUUCCACAAGCAGCAGGCAAAACCGUUGAAAUCUUCACAACUGAGAGGCCCACCAGCUUCUUCCCUUUUGCCAACCGAGGAACCAAACAGAUGCUCACUACCAAGUUUUCUGAGAUCGUUCGAGACGACCAACGUUGA